CUCUCGACCCCAACAAUCCUUUGAGAGUUGGGCAUCGCCGAUCUCGCCUGUGUCGCACAAAUCUCAUCCCUUUCAUUCUCUCCCGCUUCUCCCCGUCGCCUGCACGUCGGUAGUUCGAGGUUUUCUCUUUUCAAGCGCACCGCCCGGCGCGUCCGCCCCAGUCAAACGUUAAAUCAUCGCAUUUGCACCAAGCAGCAACAAACAACGAUCAAAAUGUCUCACGAAGAAGAUCUCAUCGACUAUUCCGACGAGGAAAUCGGCGGCAACGAGGCGCCUGCCGGUGGCGCCGCCGCUGGCUCCAACGGGAAGAAAACUGAGCUCGCCGCCGGCAACGAUGUCGACAAGAAGGGCAGCUAUGUUGGCAUCCAUUCGACUGGAUUCCGCGACUUCCUUUUGAAGCCCGAGCUUCUCCGCGCUAUUGGCGACUGUGGCUUCGAGCAUCCAUCGGAGGUCCAACAAACCUGUAUUCCGCAGGCACUUCUCGGUGGCGACAUCAUCUGCCAGGCCAAGUCGGGUCUGGGAAAGACGGCUGUCUUCGUUCUGGCCACGCUUCAGCAAGUUGAGCCUAUCAACGGCGAGGUCUCUGUUGUGGUCAUGUGCCACACGCGCGAGCUGGCCUACCAGAUUCGCGACGAAUACAACCGAUUCAGCAAGUACAUGCCCGACAUCAAGACAGGCGUGUUCUACGGUGGCACUCCGAUCAAGACAGAUGUGGAGACCUUGAAGAACAAGGAUACGUGCCCCCACAUCAUCGUGGGCACCCCGGGCCGUCUCAAGGCCCUCGUUCGCGACAAGGCCCUCCGACUCGGCAGUGUUCGCAUCUUCGUCCUUGACGAAUGCGACAAAAUGCUUGACCAGCCCGAUAUGCGCACCGAUGUCCAGGACGUCUUCCGCGCCACCCCGACGCAGAAGCAGGUUAUGAUGUUCUCGGCCACCCUCUCGGAUGCGAUCAAGCCCAUCUGCCGCAAGUUCAUGCAGAACCCGACCGAGCAUUAUGUCGACGAAGACACCAAGCUCACCCUUCACGGCCUUCAGCAGUACUAUGUCAAGCUGGAGGAGAAGGAAAAGAACCGAAAGCUCAACGAGCUUCUUGAUGAUCUUCAGUUCAACCAGGUCAUUAUUUUCGUCAAGAGCACGAUUCGUGCUACCGAGCUCGACAAGCUCCUCAGGGAGUGCAACUUUCCCUCGAUCGCUGUCCACUCUGGCGUGAGCCAGGAUGAACGUAUCAAGCGUUACAAGGAGUUCAAGGAGUUCAAGAAGCGCAUCUGCGUCGCGACUGAUGUCUUCGGUCGUGGUAUCGAUAUUGAGCGCAUCAACCUGGCCAUCAACUAUGAUUUGCCUGCGGAUGCUAGCUCGUAUCUUCACCGUGUCGGCCGUGCUGGCCGUUUCGGUACCAAGGGCCUCGCCAUCUCCUUUGUGAGCUCCGAUCAGGACCAGGAGGUUUUGAAGGAGAUUGAGAAGCGUUUCGAGGUUGCCUUGCCGUAAGUACACAUACUCUUCCUGUGAGAGACGGGAUGCUAAUUUCUGCUAGUGAGUUCCCCAAGGAGGGCGUGGAUGCCAGCACCUACAUGGCGUCUUAAAUUAGGUGGUCGACGUGUCAAAUUGAGUCUUUUCUGCACCAGGUUUGGGUUUGUCAAUGCAAGGGUCCCGGGUUCGUGUACUGAGACUAAAAUCAAGGUCAGGCGAUCGUCUAAGGUAUAGACGAAGAAUUUGAACAAGAACUUUGCGACAACACUCUCCAGGGAGCAAUCCAGGCUUUAAUGGUGCAACGCUUUCACUGAAGCGUCGUACGUGAGACUAUCGUGAAGCGGGGGAUUAUCCUGCGCCCUCAGAGGCAGGUCGCGGUCUCGAGCCUGACACAGGACGGACACUCAGUCUUGUGUAUCUACUCUGCUACGUGAGGCACAUGUGUGGAGGAUUUUGAUAGAAGAUACGGCUAGGUCGGGGCGCGAAGGAAAAACGUGCGUUUUUGAAGUACCAUCUAUUUACCAGCCAAACAGUUUGAAAAUGGCUUAUACCCG